GUUGAGACCAGACGUAGAUCCUGUUUCUGACGUUGUGACAGAUGCUGUUACCUGAUCCAGGAGAGGUCACUUACUCUGUCUCAACUUUCACAUGUGAGAGUAUUUAUGUAACUUGCAGGAACAGUGUGAAGACUCAUUCACCAAUUUUGAACUCUCCUCAAAAUCCAAUAUGGUAGUAAUGACCUCGCACAAUACAGAAAAGUUAAGUGAAAACUUUCUAAGGAGUGUUAUUUCUUUUAAAUAUACCUUUAAUUAAAAAUACGUGGUUCUGCCUAGGAAACACUUGUGUUUUGACAUAGUACAAAAUGUAAUGGGCCCCAAAAUUAAACAGCAGAAUUAAAAUAAAUUAGCUCAAUCAUAUUCUUCAGGUCACAUUUUAACGCCAUGCACUGAAUAAAGCUGCUUAUAUAGAUGGUAGAUUUAUUAUAAUACAUCUGACUGGUUUAGGAUUAUCAACAGUUCCUGCCCUGUGGCAGAUGAGUGGUGAGAACACAGAUGUGGGGCACUUCAGAAAAUAACCUCUGGUGUGGUCUGUGGAUGACGUGGGUUUAUUUGGGGUUUUUUUUAUGGAACUGGUAUGAUGGCUGGGAGUGCUGAAACAGAAAUAGAGGUUUUGCCCAUCUGCAAAUGGGAUUUUGUGAACAGAUGUAACCAUCAAUUCAAGCUUUUUAUCCUCACUGUCCUCUUUCCUUGACCCCUCUUGUUGGGAGAGGGGUCUUAAAACACUAUGAAGUGAAGAAAAACAAUCCAUUUGUUUUCAUAUGGUUGUUGCUGUCACUCCCACUCAUUGACUCACUCUUUGUAUUAGUGAGUCUGGAUGGCCAGUAACUAAUUUCAAGUGUAUUAUUUAACAGGUAGUGUGUCACUGGGUGAUUACUUUAAAGAAUCAAGUAAAGCAAGAUGGCUCGGCAUUCAUGUCUGAAAGAUCAUAUGGAAUACUUUGGUUUUAGUUGAUUUUUUCAUCUGUUGUCUUAUUUCCCAUUGCCUUAUGAAUAAGAUUUGUACAUAUUUCAGCUUACAAAGUCACAUUAGUAGAAUACAUGCCCUUUUUGGCAGAACCUGCUGCUUUGGGUAGGCUCCUUUAUAGGGAGCAGGUGCUUGAUGGGUUUACCACCAAGGAAAACACCCCAGUUCAGUUCCGGCAAAGACAUGUGGGUGAGAAUUCCCUCACAAAUAGGAAAUGCUGGAUGUAUUUCUGGGGAACUUUGUCAGCAAUAAUUCAUUGGAAAUGGACAUCUGCCGCUUGGGUAGUUAAUUUCCCUCUGUGGAGUAGGGCUGAGUGUUAGAAAAAGAUGAUAAUGAUGGAUUUACUGGAUCAUCACUUGUUAAAGCUAGGGCUCUUAAAGGGAGGUUCUUGACAAGGCACACUUAGGAUUAAUUUUUUAAUGCAAUCUUACUCUGAUAAUGUUUGCACAGUGCAUGUGUUCACAUUUAAAGCAAACGGCUUACAUCUAACGCAUGCCAGCGCUUUAUGCAGGAAGACAAGAAGCAGUAGCCAGCAACAGGCAAGCCCUUCGGAGACCUCUAAGCCUGCUGACAGGCACAGUUGCUCUGCAUGUAAUUUGAAGAAAGGCAUUGUGUCCCUGGUGGCUUGGCUUUGACUGAAAGAUGGAGUUUUGCGCUCUCAUUUUGCACUGAAGACCGGCUCACAGAUAAAUAGGUCACUGUCUGCGGAACUAUUUUGCAGUAAAUCGAUUAGAAGCAACAUGACCUUAAGCCUGAUCUCCUUGCUCUACAAAGAUAUUGCUGAAUUGUGGCUUCUUCUGAAGAAAAGCACAGGUGUGUCUAGUUUUUCAAAUUUGGUUAGUUAGGCAGAAACUCUGUCAGACAAUAUCAUCCUUCUGAGGAAACUGGGAUGUGUUUUAGUAUAAAGGCAGAAGUUGUACUCUUUCUGUGUACAUUCAUAUAUAAUUUAUUGUAAUGGGUGUGUGUGUUCUGUCCUUGUGUAAAUUUGCAGUGUAUCCCUUUAUUUGCAGGUGUAUUUCUUGGUACCCUAGACGUAUCUGCUAAAUCUAUUCCUGUAUUUUACAUGGAAGGUACUUUGUUCAGGAUUCGCUCAUGCAGUGAUUAUGGCAAUCAGAACUGCUGCUAAAGCUUACAAGGAGAAUUUGCUGUUGCAAAGAGCUGUCCUGCUGUUCCUGAAUUACAGUGGAUUUUAGUGUUCAAUUCAUUGCAUUUUAUGUAAAUAUCAGAGAUGUAAUUUCUCCUGAUCGCUAUUUGAGGUAGGGAAAAAGCAUAGUUUCUUUUGCAGGACACAGUUUGGCAUCCCCUAGUUGUUAGUAUAGGAGGGUUAAUCUAAAAUGCAUUAUUUUUUAAAUUCCUUCAGUCAAAGCUUUCUAUAUCCUAUGUUGUCUCUGUUAAGAUAUAGUGAAAUAGUGGAGAUAUUAUUUGCUGUUAAUAGAGCAGCUACAGUCCAUUGCAAAACUGAAAGCAUGUUUUGUGGAAUAGGGACAAGCAAAAACUGCUUCCUUAUUCUGGUGCUUGCAUUCACAUUUCCAGUUCUGUUUUCUGCUUUUGGAAUGCGUGACUAUUGCAGAGGAGGACCAGAGAAAGAGCACUGAGUCCAUGGGCUGGUGUCUAACCUUCCAACAUUGUCGCUUUUGAAAUGUCAAAAUUAAAUGAAACAGAUGAAAUCAUGCAUCAGGAUAUCAUUCCCCUCUAUGCUGCAGAUAUUCAGGACCAGUUAAAGAAACAAUUUGCUUACCUGUCAGGUGGAAGAGGGGGAGAUGGAUGCCCUGUUAUCACCUUUCCAGACUAUCCAGCUUUCAGUGAGAUCCCUGAGAAGGAGUUCCAGAAUGUCCUGACCUACCUGACGAGCAUCCCAAGUUUACAAGAUGCUGGAAUUGGAUUUAUUCUUGUCAUAGAUCGCAGACAGGACAAAUGGACCUCCGUGAAAGCUUCCAUUCUGCGGAUAACAGCAUCUUUCCCGGGAAACCUGCAACUAGUUCUUGUUCUGCGCCCAACAGGAUUUUUUCAUCGAGCUCUCUCGGACAUUGCUUUCAAAUUCAACAAAGAUGAGUUUAAAAUGAAAGUACCUAUCAUAAUGCUGGGCUCAGUAUCAGAACUGCAGAGUUACAUUGAUAAAACACAAUUAACAGAAGAUCUUGGUGGCACCCUGGAUUAUUGCCAUAACAGAUGGCUGUCCCGUCGCACUGCUAUAGAAGGUUUUGCCCAAAAGGUUAAGCAAACAGCUCAGAUUCUUCAGUCCUUUGGGACUGAGCUGGCUGAAACAGAACUACCAAAUGAUGUGCAAUCAACCAGCUCCCUUCUUGCAACACACACAGAAAAGAAGGACAAAAUGAAGGAGGAUAUCAGGUUAGCAGUAGAACAGGGAGAUGAUAUCCUCGGAAGUAUUACAAAACCAGUUACUGAGAAUCCUGAAUACAAACUGAAUCAAGAUCAGCUAGACAAUCAAACAACAGUAGAAAGACUUCUGGCUCAAUUACAUGAAACGGAGACUGCCUUUGAUGAGUUUUGGAUUAAGCAUCAGCAGAAACUUGAGCAGUGUCUGCGCCUUCGGAAUUUUGAACAGAAUUUCAGAGAGGUCAAAGCAGCUUUAGAUACUGUGUCUGAGAAACUGUCUGCUUUCAUAGAUGUGGGAAACAGCUGUUCUCAUGUGGAGCAUAUUUUGAAAGAUCUUGCCAACUAUGAAGAAAAAUCAUGUGAAACUGUAGCAAAAGCCAGAAUGCUAGCCUCAGAGGGUGAUGCUUUUAUUCAAAGCAAUCAUUAUGCUGUGGACUCCAUUAUUCCAAAGUGCAGUGAACUUCAUCAACUCUGUGAUGCCUUCACUACUGAGAUAGAACGGAGGAGGAAUCUUCUUAACAAAUCUCUAGAACUGCAUGGCUUACUAGAAAAGUCUAUGAAGUGGUGUGAUGAAGGAAUUUAUCUGCUGGCUUCGCAGCCAGUAGAUAAGUGUCAGUCUCAGGAUGGUGCAGAAUCAGCAUUACAAGAGAUUGAGAAGUUCCUGGACACUGGUGCAAGCAAUAAAAUCAAGGAGUUGAAUAAAAUUUACAGAGAGUAUGCACACAUCCUCAAUGAAGACCUAAAGGAGCAUGUGCAAAAGGUUUUCCAGAAGCAAGAAAGUAUGGAAGAAAUGUUUCAAAAGAGACAAGUAAGUCUUAAGAAACUGGCAGCUAAGCAGACACGUCCUGUUCAGCCAGUUGCACCAAGACCUGAAGCCUUCGUAAAAUCUCCUUGUACCUCUCCAGGUCUUCAAAGAGAAUACAUAUCCAACUCAGAAAGCAGUGCACUUCGGAGGGUAAACUACAGAAGAGGAAAGAGUGAAAUGACUGAACUCCAUCAAAGCAGAGGAGGAUCUACAAUGGAUGAUGAAGAAAACCUAGCUGUGUUACGGCAGCAUGUAAUGAAUGAACUUAUUGAGACUGAACGAGCAUAUGUGGAAGAACUUCUCUGUGUUUUAGAGGGUUAUGCUGCAGAGAUGGACAACCCCUUAAUGGCUCAUCUCAUUUCACCAGAACUCCACAAUAAGAAGGACAUCUUGUUUGGGAAUAUGGAAGAAAUUUAUCACUUUCACAACAGAAUAUUCUUGAGAGAACUAGAAAACUAUGUAGAAUACCCAGAACUAGUAGGACGGUGCUUUCUGGAUCAGAUGGAAGAUUUCCAGAUUUAUGAAAAAUACUGUCAAAAUAAACCUCGAUCUGAAAGUUUAUGGAGGCAGUUUUCAGAUUCUGUGUUCUUUCAGGAAUGUCAAAGGAAACUUGAUCACAAGCUCAGUUUGGACUCAUACUUGCUGAAACCUGUUCAAAGAAUAACCAAAUACCAAUUAUUGCUAAAGGAAAUGCUGAAGUACAGCAAGAAUUGUGAAGGUGCUGAAGAUCUUCAGGAGGCAUUAACUUCUAUACUGGGUAUUCUCAAAGCAGUUAAUGAUUCUAUGCACCAGAUAGCCAUUACUGGCUACGAUGGUAACCUGAAUGAGCUAGGCAAGCUUUUAAUGCAGGGAUCCUUCAAUGUCUGGACUGAUCAUAAAAAGGGUCACUCGAAGGUGAAAGAUUUGGCACGCUUCAAGCCAAUGCAGCGACACCUCUUCCUCCAUGAGAAGGCAGUGCUGUUCUGUAAAAAGCGAGAAGAAAAUGGAGAAGGAUAUGAGAAAGCACCUUCUUAUAGCUACAAACACUCCUUAAAUAUGGCAGCAGUUGGAAUCACAGAAAAUGUCAAAGGUGAUGCAAAAAAAUUUGAGAUCUGGUAUAAUGCAAGAGAAGAAGUUUACAUUAUACAGGCACCAACACCUGAAGUUAAAGCUACUUGGGUAAAUGAAAUAAGAAAAGUGCUGACAAGUCAACUGCAGGCAUGCAGAGAAGCUAGUCAGCACAGGACACUAGAACAGUCACAAAGUUUACCUCUACCAGCAUCAUCUUGUACAAGUCCUUCACGGAACCACAUCAGAAACACCAAAAAAAUGGAGGAGAGAAAAGCUGAUCUUGCAAGUCUAGAAAGUUUUGGCACCACAGUAGCACCAAAGUACCCCGAGAAAGGCAAAGAAACUCCAUCUCCUUCUGCUAAAAGCCAGACAUUGCCAAUGAUCCUUCUUACAGGACCAGCUUCUCCUACCAGUCCUGACAAAAAAGCUAAACGGCAUGAAGUAGUGAGUGACCCAACUCCUUUUGGUUUAAGAGGUUGGGCUAAAACAUCUCAUUCUCUUGAUGCAUCUGAAGAAAAUGACGGCUGGUCUAGUGCUGAAGAUCCACUGAAUUCAUCGGAUGCGGAGGAAGAAGGAGGAGGAGGGGGAGGCGAGAUGAAGCUGACUCCUGGUAAAUAUACAGUUGUGACUGAUUAUGAGAAAGGAGUUUCUGAAGAAUUUAUAGUGAAAAGUGGAGAUCUAGUUCAACUGAUUCGUGAAGGGGAGGAUGGACUCUGGUAUGUGAAGAACCUGAGCACUGGUAGAGAAGGUUGGAUCCCAGCAAACAACCUGCUGACGCUCAUAGGCAAUUCCAAAUCAGCUCAAUCUUUAAGCAGCUCUGAAUCAGGCACUGCCUCCAGCACUUUGAGCACAUCAUCAAGUUGCAGUGAUAGCUGCAAUGCCAGCAGCACCAGCUUCUCGGACAUUAAGGGCUAACAUUAAAUUUUCACCCCACCUCAAUGGAAGGUAAUUCUGGAAUCUGUCAUUUUGUGCCGAGUUCUGGACACUGGAGACUCCAAUGGAGAACCACCAGUUCUAUGUCACCAGCCCUGAGUAUUUUCAGUGGUGAUUUUCACAGGUUCUCCCAGAAGAUCCCAAUGAAAAGUGCAUGGAAUGUGAAGUUGUAAAUAAAAGUUAAAAGAUUUGAAAAAAGGUCUGUAGAGGCUUCUGCUCUAGAGUCUGAAGCUGCAGAGCAGGUAGCAUAAAACACAUUUUCUCACUGAUACACAAUCAGAUUCCUGCAGAACUGUAUCAUUUUGUAACAGCCAGAAUCUGAAUGUGAGCAAAAAAAUGUGUUCAGUGCUCAUUGUAAACUAGUAACAUAGCAAUCACUGUACAGGAUAGUAUGAGGAAAAUAAAAUCUGAGUUUACAAUUUCUCCUCCCAAAAACCCCCUUUCUCCAAGGAUGUACCUCAAUCAGUGCAGUGAGUGGGACUCUUGCAGCAACUGGGAAGGAGGUUUGCUCCAGCCUUUUCUCUUCUCUUGCAUCUUCAGGACAUUCUUCUGCUCCCUAGAGACUGGGAUCAGACAUGACCAAUUCACUGACCAAAACAGCAUCAAAAGAAACUAUUAUUUUAUCCUUUCCAACCUUUUAAUGAUGUGUGCAAUGGAACAGCUGUUUUCUGAGGUAUUUUGGCCUCACAACCAAAUUCUUUACCAAGAUCACUGUGUUUACAUAGCCUUGGCAACUUAGUAGUGUAUUUUUUUCUUACACAGGUGCACAAUGAAUCACAAAUUCUUAUAUUCAUUAAAUUAUUUCUUAAUAAAUGGUAAUUAAUUACGCAGUUACCUUCAGCUUUCACAAUUAACAUGCAAUUACAGGCAGAGGAAACUAUUGGGCUGCACUAUGGGUCAAGAGCCUUCCUUGAGACAAACCUACGAGGGCCAGAAAUUGGGCGUGUUUUUAGUCAACAGUGUUUGUUGCAGUUAUUCAAAGAGACAAAAACAGUGACAUAAUUUUUCCAUAAAAGGGGAGCAUGGGAGAAAAACCCCUUUAUUAGGUAAGAGCCAGGUUUAUGCCACAGAUGAGUAUUUUAAUUUUUUUAAAAGGAAGGGUGAUGCUAAACUUGCCAUUUUUUCAAGGUAUGAUGCAAGCCAAUGCUGUAAAUUUUCAUGUUGUCAGGUGUUCUUUGCAUGUCAUCCUUACAAACAGUUCAAAACUGUGUGCAUGUAUGGAAUAUUGUAUUCAUUCCUGUCCAUCUCUCAAAUAUUUUUACUUACAUGAAAAUAGGUUUUUAAGUCAUUCACAUACCAUAUUACUUAAAAAUAAUGUGGACAUUAAAAGCAUAGUUUUUCAGCAGCACUAAGCACAGCAGAUUAUGUCAACAGAAGCUGCUGUUCAUCAUCAGACCCUCUGAUGGCUGAGCACUGAAGUCUAUCUUUGUGCUAGACUUUUAUAUUUUAGAGACUGCAGCUUAGGAAACAUAAACAACAAAUACUCUAAAGAAUGAUCUUACUCCUAGGUUGCAAAAGCAACCCUACCCCAGAUGCAAUCAAAAUACAGCUGACCAUCGUCAGUACAAAUUGAAACAUAUAUAUACACACACAUAUAUUUAUGUGCAUGUAUGUGCUUGUGUGUAUGUAUAUGUGUGUGUAGAUAUGUAUAUGUGUGUAGAUAUAAUGUAUCAAUGUAAAAGAUGUAUUUAUAGUCUUCAUGCUGCUGAAUGUGUCACUUUACAAUUCAUAAAGACUUAGGUUUCUUGCAAUACUGCAAUAUAAAGGCUGAUCAGGGUUUUACUUCGGGUGUCUUUUCCAACGCAAAAAUCCUCUGAUCUUUUUUUAAUUAUCCCAUAUAAUACUGUGCUGACCAGGAAUAUUACUCUGAUAUUUAACAAUGGAAUGGCAACAUGAGAUUUAGCUUAUCUUCAUCUAUGUAAGUUAUUUUGUAAAUUAUCUGUAACAUAUUUACUUAUAUAUUGCUGUCAUUGCUAUUAUGAGACUGUCCUUUCAUUUCUCACUGCAGCAUCAUUUGUGUGAUUUCAAUGGUUUUUCUCCACAUCAUUGCACUUUAAUACAACCCAUUUCACCAUUUCCUUUUUUACUGCUGUUGUGAAUUAGAAGUUCAAAGUCAGAGGUCUCUAUUGUAAUUAAAUUUAAUAAAUUUCAGCACUUCUUGCUGAAUGCCUUUA